AUGGGAGACGCAAUUAUUCAGAGGGGAGAUUAUGGAGAUGAGUUUAAAAGGGAUUUCAUGGUCUUGCUUGUUUCUUCAAUGCUUCGUGGAUUCCAAACAAGGUACUGCAAUUACAGAAUCCUGAACUCUUUGAUCAAUGUUGGCGAGAUCAAGAACUACAACUGGUGCAGCUAUACGUACAAGUUCCUUAUCAAAUCAAUCGACAAGUACCGGAAAAAAUCUGGUAGACUGUUCACUGGUGCAGUCACAUUCCUCCUUCUAUUCUAUGUUGAUAGAGUCCAGUUCAAAGGGAUGAGAGUCAUUAGAACACACCCUACCAUUCUUUCGUGGACAACUAAACUUCUAAGAAAAAGAGUUGAUGCAGAGAAGAAUUCUGGUGGAUUUGGAAAGGGAAAGGUUAUCCCACGCAUGAAGAGACCUACUACAGUUCGCAAUGUUUCUGCUUUACCUUCUUCUUCUGCACAAGUGGUUCCAACAAUUUCAGUGCCAUCGUCCAGUAUUGAUAGGGUGACGCAAGUACUGCAACGGCUAGCUGCCGAUGUCAUUGAGUUUGGAGAAGCAAUGACUGAGGUUGGGAGGGAGGGAGCACCUGCAGAGGUGAUAAAGAAAACUUUUUCUGGAAUUUCAAAUAUGAUUUCUGUGGCUGGCACAAUGCAAGCAGCUCCAACCCCAACAGCAUCGCAGCUAGAUGACAUUUUCUUUGGUCAAGAAAGUUUUACAGCUGCAGUGGAUGCUUUGGUAGAGGCUUUUCAGAAAACAACCAAGCAAAUGGAAAUAGAACCUCCUUCUUUUGAUCUAGGAAUUUCCCUAACCCCAGCCCCAUUACGUAAAAGACCAGCAGAGCACAGCACAACGGAGGGGAUACAAUUGGAUGUCCUUGUUGACAGCAUUGCGUGUGGAGCUGGUUUGACAACCUCCAACAACUUGAAAGAAAAAUCAACUGAUGCUGUUUCAACCCCCGGCGACAGGGGGAAAGCUCCUUUAAUUAGGGUUCCAUUCACAUUGGAUUCCCCUGCCACCCCUGCUGCUGCUGCUGCCACAACUGAUGAGCUUGAUGAAGUUGAUAGGGCAUUGAAUGAGAGUGAGACUGAUAUUGAGGAUGUCACCAUCCGAAAAAGGCCAAAAAGGACAUUCAAGAAUAUCCCGUUGAAUCUACGAUCUCCUUAUUGGACAAAGAAUGCACAGUAUGUUCACAAUGCCACUGUUAAUGAAAGGAUCGCUUCAAAUUAUGCAUUCAUGGAAGUUUCUGAUGAUCAUCCAAACGAUGAGUUACUGUUCAGCUAUAAGGAUUUCUAUUUGACAAGAGAACAGUUCCUAACAAUGAGUGAAGGAAAAAUAUCAAACAGUUUGAUAGAUGUGUGGUCUUAUAGGCAUACAUUACUCAACAUCAAACGAGCACCGGGACAGCCAAAACGUGUGUUCUUCAGCACAAUGGUAUAUCUGCAACUUGACCCAACAGAUGAUUGGAUGAAGAGUCUCCCACUCGAUAGAAAGAAGCAAAAUUUCAAUGAGAGGUUAAGCUAUGAGCUGAGUAGUUUUGGAAAUCUUGAUAUCAGUGAUGCACAAUUGAUAUUUUUCCCUGUGUAUCGACAUGAACACUACUUUGUUAUUUGCAUCAACACAAUUUCAUCUAAGGUUGAAGUGAUAGACAACAAGGCCCUAACACCUGAUGUUACAGAAGAGCUUAAGUAUGAAGAUUGCCCUCAAUUACUGCUAACUGCAUUCCAGGAAUACUUGACAGCUCACAGUUCAUCAUUGUACUGGAAAAUAGAAGAUAUUCCUGUGGAGGUGCUUCCUAUGACCUGGAAAGAGACUGAAAAUUCCAUUGACUGUGGAAUAUAUGUCAUGAGACAUAUGGAAACAUAUAAAGGAACUCUAAAAAAUUGGAACCCAGGAUUCAAAAGAAAAUUAAGUGUAAAUGCUGAUUUCAUCUCUGGAUUGCGAGCAAAGUAUGCAGCUACAAUCAUCACGUGGGGAGAGAACACAGAAAUGCACAGAAUUAUGAAAGCAGCAAGGGCUCUGUCUGACCUGAAAUGAAUGUGAAAUACUGACAUUUUGUAAAUGAUUGCUGACCAAUUGUGGAUACUGAUUUUUGAUACUACAAAUUGUGUAGUUGGAUUGUGGGGAUGUAUGUUUUUGCACUUUUGACAACGGUUCUA